CUAUCCCUUGCUUCUUCCUUCAUCCCCAGUCCUCCCCUGCUCUUCCUCACUCAUCAAUUAAUGAACAAUUCUUGAACUUCGCGGCGGAGAUAAAUCCCAAAUACCAAACAAAGAAUGACGCUCCUUCCCCAGCCGCUCAUCUCCGCCCCAUCAGUAUUGUUAGUAUUUUUAUUCACUCUGCCUCUACGCGCCGCUUUCGCCGGCGCAGGAAAAGUCCCGGCGGUGAUAGUGUUCGGCGACUCCUCCGUGGAUUCCGGCAACAACAACCAGAUCGCCACCCUUCUCAAGAGCAAUUUCGAGCCCUACGGCCGCGACUUCAUCGGGCAACGACCCACCGGGAGGUUUUCCAAUGGCCGGGUCCCCCCCGACUUGAUAUCUGAAGCCAUCGGCCUCCGCCCCUUCGUCCCCGCCUACCUCGACCCCGCCUACAAGAUUUCUGAUUUCGCCGGCGGCGUCUGCUUUGCCUCCGCCGGUACCGGCUAUGACAAUGUCACUUCUGACGUCCUAAAUGUGAUACCCUUGUGGAAGGAAGUGGAGUACUACAAGGACUACCAGAAGAAGCUGAGAGCAUUCGCCGGCGACCGGAGAGCAAACAGAAUAAUCCGGGAAGCUCUGUACCUGGUGAGCAUGGGGACGAACGACUUCCUGGAGAACUACUACCUGUUGCCGGGGAAGAGGGCGAAGCAGUUCACGGCCGACGAGUUCGGGGCGUUCCUCGUCGGAAUUGCAGAGGAGUUCGUGAGGGAAAUAUACGCGCUGGGCGCCCGGAAAAUAUCCCUCGGCGGCCUUCCUCCGAUGGGGUGUCUGCCCUUGGAGAGGACCGUGAGCUUCCUCGGCGGCUAUGCCGCCGGCGUCUGCAACGACCAGUACAACGCGGUGGCUGUCCGGUUCAACCGGCGGUUGAAUUUGCUGAUCAAGAAACUUAACGCGGAGCUCCCCGGAAUCCGAGUUGCUUACUCUGAUGUUUACACUAUCUUGUCUCAGAUCAUCACUAAGCCUUCUGCUUACGGGUUUGAGGAGGCAUCAGUAGCUUGUUGUGGGACAGGGCUGAUAGAGAUGAGCUACCUGUGUGACGGGAUGAACCCGUUGACGUGUACGGACGCAGACAAGUAUGUGUUUUGGGAUUCCUUCCAUCUCACCGAGAGAACCAACCGGGUUGUCGUUGAUUACUUGAUGAAAACCACCCUUCGCCAUUUUUUCGCCUUAUAAUUAUAUCUAUAUAUAUCUAUACUGCAUGCAUGCAUGCAUGCAUGCACAGCACCCCUGGCCUAUACAUGCAUUGUUUUUUUUAAUUACAAUACGGAUCGGAGUAUACGUACAUUAUUAGAAUUGCCAUGCAAAUAUGUUAUUGUGAUUAUUAUUGUUAAUGAAUCACGGAGUACCGA